CUUUUCCAAAACCGAGUCCCAGUUUGUUUUUAGACUUUUAUUUUUAGCUUUUCUUUUCACCCUGUUCCAGUGUGUGCCUCCCUGCAUUUCUUUUUUAAUUUGCUUCUCUUAUUGUCAGCUGUCUUUUUCUGUAUUACUUUAAACCAAAGCCUUUUCCAGCAUUACUUUCAACAAAAGAGAUCAGUAACAGAGUGAUACAGUGGUGCCCAGCUUGCUGCUACAACAUGUCAAACCCACAAAAUCUACAACAAGGUCACGCACUGGCUCAAAUGUUGGCCGACAUGGCGGACUUGCAGCAGCAGCAGGCGGUACUGCACCAGCAGCAGACGCGGGUGCUACAAAACCUUUUGUCUGGGGCCACUGCGAAUCUGCGCCACCUGGAUGAACUCUCUCCAGAAGACCAUCGUCGCCGCUUCCGUGGUUGCCGCAUGGGACCACAAGACCGGCCUUCGGCUUUUGCCCUGCAGCUCCGGUACGACGCAGGGAGGUGGCUGCAUCCUGGCUCGACACAAGGGGAGGCACGGCUGCUGGAGGCUGUUAUUCUCGAGCAGUUUGUAGAGGGGCUGCCAAGGGAAAUGGCGGACUGGGUCAAGUGUCACAAGCCGCUCAAUCUGGAGGCGGCAGUGAGGCUGGCUGAAGACCCCAGAAGAUUGCAGCCAGGGGAGGUCCUGGCAGCGCCAGACGCUGUACCUGGCUCACUGGUGGCUGCACAGGGACAGGGACAGGUCUUUGAGCAGUGUGAGGACGCCAUGGAGGUGCAGGUGUACAGUGUUGCCGAGAUGUCUACACCCAACUCUGGUCGAGGAGGGAUGUACAGCAUUCUGUCUCCAGUCGCAGCUCAACACAGCCCGUUCCUCCUGCACUAUCAGGAGCAGGAGCAGCAGAAACUCCUCAACAGCAGCAUUGUACCCCAUCAGGAUUUGCCAUCCAAAAAUGAAAAAGGAAAAAGAAAGUCAGAUCUUUUUCAGAGUGAGCUCUGCGAAUGGCAACCAUCUCCUAAACGACAUGACAACUGUGCAGCAGGCUCACAGUCAGAAACAGAAAUACUGUCUGAUGUCAAAGAUAUAAUGAGACGUGUCAGUGAAAGACUACAUGGCCGUGACAAGCUCAGCGCUUUCCUAAAGGAUAAAAUCAAAGAUUUGGAGACAGAAAAGAGACACCUGGUUGGUGUCUUUGGUAAAACCGGGGCUGGAAAGAGCUCUUUAAUCAAUGCCGUCAUAAAUAAGCAGCGCCUGUUGCCUUCUGGAAGUGUCAGUGCAUGUACCUCAGUGAUGAUAAAGGUGGAGGCUACCAAUGGAUCAAAGUACGAGGCACACAUUGAGUUCAUUACAAAAGAGGAUUGGGAAAAUGAGGUGCAGUCCCUAAAACUGGCUCUUGAAGAAGAUGAUGAUGAUGGUGGUAAUGAUGAUUCACUUGAUCCUGAUGGAAAGUUAUCAGCGCUGUAUGGAGAAGAGUGGAAAGAAAGAUCCACUCACAGCCUCAUGGACAACAAAUAUUUCAGAGAUAUUCCAGAGUUUCGAAUGUCCAAGAUAAAAAUGUUGGAAAGUGACUCAGCUGAAGGGUUGUGUGAAGAAUUUAUGAGAUAUACAACAAGUGAGUCAAAUGAGACAGAAGAAGUAAAGAGGUGGUACUGGCCGCUUGUGAAGUGUGUGACUGUCAAAGUGCCAGGCAAUGAUUUUCUUGAUCAUGUCACACUCGUGGACCUUCCUGGAAAUGGUGACUCUAACCCAAGCAGAGAUCAAAUGUGGAAAGGGCUUAUUUCCAGUUGUUCUACAGUGUGGAUUGUGAGUGAAAUGAAUCGAGCAGCAUCAGAAAAAGAAGCCUGGGACAUCCUGGAAGGUGCCAGCGGCCUGCUGGGAAAUGGUGGCGAGUGUCAGCAAAUUCAUUUUAUCUGCACCAAGUCAGAUAAUGAAGAACCAGAUGAUAUAAACAAAGUCAAGAAUGCAGUGAUGAAGGAAUUCAAAAAGCAGAAUCAGAGCAAGUAUCACUUCAGUGAGGAUUGUUUCCAAGUCUUCACAGUGAGCUCCAAAGAGUUCCUCAAAGGGGAGAAUGUAAAUCCAGAUGUCAAUGAAUUACUGAAACUUAAGGAAAUUUUGAAAAAUAUAAAUGAUGCUCAUUCAGAGACCUCAAACUAUGUGUCUGGAGCUCAUGGGAUUCUGUCUUUGAUUCAAGGGGCCAAAAGCAGAGAAGUGGUUGAACAAAAAAACGAUGUGUGUGCAGUCCUUGAGGGAAAAUUGAGCAUCCAACUUAGUCAAGUCAAAAAAGCAAUUGAAGACAUUAUAAAAGCUUUUGAACAAUGCCUACGGGAGGGAGUUGAAAAAUCCCAAAAUUCAUGUGAAAGAAAACUGAAGUCCUUCUUAAACCCCAUUAAAACGAGUGGCGCCGCUUUUCACAAGACACUAAAGUCUGCAGUUAGGAAUGUUGGCAUCCAGAAACUAAAAAAAGGGAAACGAAAAGACCUCAACAUGAUAUUAGCAUUUUGUUUGACAGACAGCAUUGAUGAAAAAUUCAGAAAGACCUUCCCAAAUGACCUAAAAUGUGGACAUUUCAAUGGAGCCAUCAAUGCGUUUUCACUCGACACUGAUUCACUGAUUGAAAAGAACAAAAAUGUGAAAUUGCAACUGACAUUUCUCCAGACAGAGGAAAAGAAAAUGAAGACAAAGCUCAACAAAACCAUCCUCACACAAAAGAAAUUGAUCUACAACAGUCUGACAGAGACAAUCAGGAGUAACAUGAAAGGAUGCUACAAAGAAGCAGCAGCCUUUGAAGGACCAGGCACCCUGAAGAGGAUGCGGGACACUAUUGAGAGACAUGUGGAGUCAAAGAUGGACAUGUUUGAAGAGGCAAAAAGUGUCAUGUUGAAGCAGUUGAACGAUUUGAAAGAAACUGUCCUGAGGACGCUGGAGAAAACCAUGAAGGAAUCUAUUGAACACUCACUCAAGACUGAGGCCUGCUCACUGCCAGAUGUUUUGGAAUAUCUUGAGAUGGUGAAGAAACACUGUGAUGAACUUAAUGGCGGUCAAGAUGAAAAAGAGUAACCACACUGGAAACAGCUGAGGCCUGAUAACCCACAGGACAUCCCUGAGGAAACACUGAUUAGAGACACGAGGUCUUUACAUAUUGUCACAGUAAUAUUUGUUUUGCUCUCUUUUAAUGUUGUGUUGAUGUGUACUUUUGACUUUUAAUGAAUUUUAUACAAAAAGCAUUUUGAAUAUUAUAGAUAUCAAUUAAAACUGCUAAUAUUAAGGUGUUAAUCACAAGGGUCUAAAUCAUGUUUUGAUUUCUUUCUUUUUAAAAAUUUGCAGUAGUUUUUAAUCACUUAUAGCAGAGUGUGAAGACAUGUAAUGCAUUCCCCCAUUUAAGCCUGAGAUUUAUGGUUUUAAUUGUAAGAGUCUGAGAUUACAGUUUCCAAACGCAUUUUGAUUGUGUUGCUUGUUUUAAAUAUCAUAAUUUAAUGUUUUAAGUUGAUGUGUAUACUGUGGGUUCAUUGGGACUGGAACAUUUAUUUUAAUGUAAGUGCUUAUCAGUUAAACACUGAGCUUUAUCCAGCACUAAAAGGUACCAAUUUUACAUCACAGUUCUAAUGACAAAUACUUGUUUGUUGCAGUUAUACAAUAUGUGUACAUGACAAAUAGUGAGAAAUGGGUGUAAGUAAAGCUGUAGGAAAUCAUCAGCUACUUCUGUCAUCUCCCUGCCAUUUAGAUUUUUCUGGGUUUGGAAUUAUUGGUGAAUAUAUUACAGUUUGAGUUUAGGUUCAGGGUUGUUUCUUUGUUAUUUUUUAUUAUGUUAAAUGUUUAGCAUUUUAAUUACUUCUCUGCAUAUUGUUAAAUUCCUGUUUUGAUUUUUGUCUUCAGUAAUUCUCUCGUGUUUCCUCCACCCACCAUACCGGUACUUUAUUUCUUCCUGAAACAGUUCAUUCACAUUUAGCAUUUAUUGUUAUGUAACCUUAUUUUAGUAAUGUCAUUACAAAAAAUGACUUUGUUGAUUUUUAAAAAUGCUCAGGAAAGGUACUAAAGUGCUUCCUUUAUUACCUCCUUUAACAUACAGGAUUAGGAUACACUGGUGAAACAAAAAUAUUUACAUCUCCUAAUUUUAAGUGACCAUGCAGCUGUUGAAGAAAAAGAUUAACAAAACUGAGAGACAUAGAGCAUUUAAAUGUUGAUUAAUCCAGCACACUGUGAUGCAGCUAGUAUAUCAUUUAGCUUUCUUGCUUCCUUAUCUGUACUGAUUCUAAAAGAAUGCAUGUAUUUGAUAUUGUA